AUGACCACCACCCAAGAAACCACCGCCGCCUCAGCAACGAGUACGACCAUGGCAAGCGGCAGCAAGAUCCCGCUCACGCUCAUCGUCGCCGCCACGCCCUCGCUCGGCAUCGGCAAGAACGGCACCCUCCCCUGGCCGCAGCUCAAGAAGGAAAUGGCCUACUUCGCGCGCGUCACGAAGCGCGUGGUCGGCGGUGCCCCGACUAGUAGCAGUAACAGCAGUAGCGCCGAUACCCCGCGUCCACACGCCGCCAUCCGCCGCAACGCCGUCAUCAUGGGCCGCAAGACGUGGGAGUCGAUCCCGCCGCGCUUCCGCCCGCUGAAAGACCGCGUCAACGUCGUCGUGUCGCGGAACCACGCGGGGGAUAUCGCGGGCAUCGCACCGCGUGCGCCGUCAUUGUCGACCAGCGCGACGGAAGACGUCGACGCGGACCCCGCCACCACGCCCAUCGCCGCGUCCUCGCUGCCGGACGCGCUGGAGAAGCUGGGGCUGCUGCGGAAGAGGGGCGCGUUGGGGAGGGUGUUUGUGAUUGGCGGGGCGCAGCUGUACGGGGCGGCGUUGGAGACGGAGGAGGAGGAGGCGAGGAGCGUGUUGUUGACGAGGGUGUGGCGCGAGUAUGCGUGCGACACGGUGUUUCCGGUGGAUGUGGUGGGGGGGUUGGAGGGGAAGGGCGGGAGCGGGUGGGUGAGGAGGCCGAAUGGGGGGGAGGGCGGGUUGAGCGGGUUUGUGGGCGAGGAGGUGGCCGAGGGGAGGGUGAGGGAAGUGGUGAAGGGGAGGGGAGGGGAGGAGGAUGAGGAUGAGGAUGAGGUGGAGUUUGAGUUUUGUUUGUUUGAGAGGGUGUAG